AUUGGUGGCCAAAUAAGUCUGAAAAAAAAAGAUUUUUUCUUCUUCUCCAUUUUUACGUAAAACCCGCCUUCUUUGUCCCUUAUCUCUCUGUUCCAGGCGCCCUGGAUCUCUCUCCCGGGCGGACCAAUCUCUCUUCUCAGAUAUCCAUGGCGCCUUAAGACCCGACCCAAAUUUCCACUUGAUCUCCAAAACCCAUGUCUCCAUUUCCUUCAUUUCCUCCAUUUUUAGUCUCAAUUCUUGAAAUCCUUCUCCAUUUUGUUAACCCUCUUUUUCUGCACCAUGGACUGGUUAAACAGCGACGCGGUUCAAUUCCUGAGAAACCCACUCAUUGUGGAGACCUUUCUUGACGUAUUGAUAUGCUCUGUACCCAUUUGGGUGGCAGUGAUGAUAGGCCUGGUUAUCGGUUGGUCGUGGAGGCCAAGGUGGACUGGUUUGAUCUUUUUGGGCCUAAAGAGUAGGUUCAGGUUAGCUUGGACUGUGCCUCCUGGUCUUGGUGCUCGUCGCCUAUGGCUUGCUUUCACUGCUCUUUCAGCUUUCUCCGUUCUCCGUCGAAUGUUCUCUGAUUCUCGUGCCCCUAACAAGAAGGUCCAUGCUUCUUUGAGUUCGAAUUCUUUAGCUGAAGAUAUGAAUGAUGGGAACAGUGAUACAGUGCAUGGUUCUAUUCGUGAAGAGCCUGUUGUUAAUGAAAAGGAUUUGGAGUAUCUGGUACAUCUUCUAGAAGGUAAGGAUGGAGAAACAACAUGGCAAAGUUUCAUGGAACACUCCACUCCGAACAUGACAUACCAAGCUUGGCGUCAUGAACCUGAGGUGGGUCCCACAGAAUACCGCAGUAGAACUGUUUUUGAGGAUGCAGCACCAGAACUGGUUAGAGACUUCUUUUGGGAUGAUGACUUCCGGCCAAAAUGGGAUCCUAUGCUCUCCUAUUUUAAGAUUUUAGAGGAGUGCCCUCUCACAGGGACCAUGAUUGUUCACUGGAUAAAGAAGUUCCCUUUUUUCUGCAGUGAUCGAGAAUAUAUAAUUGGUCGCCGGAUAUGGGAAUGUGGAAGAACAUACUAUUGCGUGACAAAGGGGGUACCGUAUCCAGCACUGCCAAAGCGUGACAAGCCGAGGCGUGUCGAUCUCUAUUAUUCAAGCUGGCGUAUCAGAGCUGUGGAAUCUCGUAAAGGCGAUGGCCAACUAUCAGCCUGUGAGGUCACACUUGUCCAUUAUGAAGAUAUGGGCAUCCCCAAGGAUGUGGCCAAAGUUGGAGUCCGCCAUGGCAUGUGGGGAGCCGUCAAGAAAUUGCAUUCGGGCAUGCGUGCUUACCAGCUUGCUAGAAAAUCAGGGGCUUCUCUCUCUAGAACCGCAACGCUAGCUCGGAUAAACACAUCAAUCCCCAUGGGCUGGUUCUCAAACUCCUUAGCAGACCAGUCUUUAACCGAAGAGAAGAGUCAAGUUUCAGAACUGAUGAAGGAAAAUCAUGGCGUCCCCUGGAAAUUGGUCUUUAUAUGUGGAACUGUGGCUCUUGUUUGUGGACUCCACACUGGUGUUGUGGGUAAGGCAUUGCUAUUUGGAGCGGCUCGAAGACUUGCUAGAAAGUAACCAAACGGCCAUUUUUCUCUCUCCACAUGUUCAUAAUAUUUGAGGAAGCUUGAAAUCUUGUAAGCAACCAACCAAUUGGUUUCUCUCAUCUACAAUUUCUUACAAAAUGUGUAACUUCGAUCUAUCUUUUAUGUUCCUAAGCAGUUGGGACAGCAAAGGUACCAUAAAAGCAUCAAAGGCGAGUUUGAAUUGUGAAAUUAGUCUCUCUCGUGCCACGAGAGCUCCUUGAUGUCAUAAAAUGCAUUCUUCUUUCUAUACCAUCUUGGGUUGUGAUGCCCUUUGCUAGAAAUCUGCUGUCUAAUGAGAUAUUUAUUACUUAUCAUGAUAAAUUCUCUGUGGCUUCUGACUU